AUGGUCGAAUUAAAAUCUGAGCAACAGGCAUUUCUUGCUGAAUGCGAGCAAGAGUUUGCAAACAGAUACACGAUGGAAGACGAAGAAUUCAAAGCACUCUAUGAUUCAGAAAUACCGCCUCCGCCAGUGAUGAGCAACUGGUAUCCCAGAAAUAAACGAAAUCAAGGAGGCAGAGGAGGCCGCUAUCGCGAUUUUCGUGACCGGCGACAAGACAACCGAUAUAACUACCGGCAUGAGUAUAACAGAAACUAUGAUAGGUCAGGCUAUGAAGACAACUACAGGGGCAGAAAUGAUCAUUUGUGGAAUAAUCAGGAGCAGGAUGAGGUCAGGGAUGGAGAAAACAGAGAUUAUUCAAGGAACAGACCUAGAUAUAAUGAUUAA